GAGUGCAAUCGAUGAACACAUCCGUCAUACGCCGCCAUUUGCGAAAGGCCGAUCGCUGCUCAGCAGCGCGAGUGUCAUCGGUUUGAUUAUGUCGAGUGUAUAAAUUGUUAUUUUCGAUAAAACUGUGAACUCAGUGCGAGAAUUUAAUCAGUUAAAAUGAUUGUGAGGUUUCUGACCAUUUUGUGCGUCGGAGUUUUGGCGACUUCGGUGUACAGCGCCGAAGGAAACAACGACAAUGAAGAUAUCCCAUACUUGGAGCUGGCGGAGCCGGAGGAGGGCUACCACGGGCUGAUCAAGGAGAACGAGACGCUGGUGGAGGUGACGCCGGCCAUCCGCGCGCGCGGCCCGCUCUGCUCCUUCCUCAUUCUCAACAACAAGCAUCAUGGAGAGGCACCCUUCGAGAUCAUGGUGAUAGAUGAGAAUGAAGCUCGUCUGCGCGUGCGCUACCCGCUCAACUGCGAGAAGCGCCGCAACUACAAGUUCGACAUCGCGGCGGUCGGCUGCGACGGCUCUUACUCCAACACUGUGCCGGUCCACAUAACGGUGACGGACGUGAACGAGUUCGCGCCGGUGUUCAGCCAGGCGUCGUACGUGCGCAGCGUGGACGAGGGCCGCGUGUACGGAGAGAUCGUGCGCGUCGAGGCCACCGACAAGGACUGCACGCCGCGCUACGGGGACGUCUGCAAGUAUGAGAUCCUCACCGACAGGAGCCAGCCCUUCACUAUCGAUAAUGAAGGUGUGAUCCGCAACACGGAGCCGCUGGACUACGAGAAGUCCCACAACCACAUCCUGUCGGUGGUGGCGUACGACUGCGGCAUGAAGCAGUCCGCUCCUGUCAUGGUGACCAUCAAGGUCAACAAGCCCUGCAGGGCCGGAUGGAAAGGUGUGGCCGAGCGCGUGGACUACGCCCCGGGCACAGGUCCGCUGGCACUGUUCCCGGCGGCGCGCCUGGAGACCUGCUCGUCGGACGAGCGCUGUCCCGGCGUCACGCGCAUCCAGGCCGCCGUCACGCUGCAGGCCUCGCGCGCCGGCAGCGGCUGCGACCGGGACACCUACUCGCUGCACUCACAGAGGACUAUCUGUGGACUGGACCCGAAAACGAUCGACUUGCUUCCAAGUCCGGGAGUUGGAAACGAAUGGGCUAAGUCGCUGAAACCAGACUCAGGUCGUGACGGCGAGCAGAUGUUCGAGUUCGACGGCGAGACCACAGCUGCCGUGGUCCCGGAGUCGGUCCUGCCGCACGCGCUGCUGGGCACCUUCAGCAUCUCCACGUGGAUGCGACACGCGCCGCCGCCCGACGGAGACAAGCACCGCAAGGAACACAUCCUCUGUCUCGCUGAUGACCACAAAAUGAACCGUCACCACUACGCUCUGUUCGUCCGCAACUGCCGCCUGAUCCUGCUGCUGCGCCGCGACUUCGGAGAGGGCGAUCUCAACAUCUUCCGUCCCGCCGAGUGGAGGUGGAAGCUGCCAGAGGUGUGCGACAACGAAUGGCAUCACUACGCGGUGAACGUGCGCUUCCCCAACGUGGAGCUGUUCGUGGACGGAGAGCCCUACCGCAGUGCGGACGGCAAGGGCCCGGAGGUCAUCGACGACUGGCCGCUGCACCCCGCUCACGGAGUUAACACCACGCUCGUUAUUGGUGCUUGCUGGCAAGGAACAGAGAACGACAUGAAGCACCACCUGCGCGGGGUGCUGGCGGGGCUGGGGCUGGCGCGCGGGGCCGCGCAGCCCCCGCGGGCCCUCGCCUGCCUCGCGCACUGCCGCGAGGGACUCAGCCUCGCGCCCGAUCUAUACCUGAAGUCCGUGUCGGUGGAGGGCGACGGCGUGGCGGACGUGGAGACGCUGCUGCGGCGCGUGGCCUACGGGGACGCGCGCGCCUUCCCCACGCCCGGCAGGAGGAACGUGCACGUCGCCACCACCAUCACUUGCGACAACGGGCGCAUCAUCAAGGCCAAGCCCGCCGAGUCGUACAUCAUGGUGCUGGCCCCGCAGACGCCCAGCAUCCUGCUGAACGGCAGCGAGGACCUGGCGCGGGACUACGCGCACUUCCGCGCAGGACUCACCGUCUUCCCGGACCUCUCCGUCAGGGUACUCGCUGGAGGAAACGGACACCCGCUAGCAGAAGAGAGCCAGAAGCUGGACUCUUGCGUCGUGUCUGUGUACCCGGCACUGAACCCCGACCACGAGGCGCUGGCCCUGCGCGACGCCGCCGACUUGCCGCUGCGCUACGACAUCCGCGCCGCCGUCACCCGCGACGGGGUCAUACUCACCGGCGCGGACACCGUGCAUAACUAUCAGAAGGUCCUCCGCGAGAUCGAGUACAGCAACAAGAAGCCGGCGUACUACCUGAACCGCGUGUUCAAGCUCACCUGCUCCGAGCUCAACGGACGGUUCACCAGCAACGAAUACGUGCAGACGCUAACAGUAGUACACCCGCACAUGUCUGGCGCGAGCGAGGCAGGACUGUCGCGUGAGCUGCACCCUAGUGGCAUGGCCGACAAGAUGGACGCCAUCGCCAGGGAUAAACAGUCUGAGCACGGCCACCGGCGCGGCGAGGGCCACGCGCUGGCCCCGCGCGUGUACGCGGCGCACGCGCAGCGCGACGCGCACGCCGCCGACGUGCCCGCGCCCAGGCUCAUCGACCUGCACCCGGAGCAGGGACCCUCCAACCACGUGGCGCUGCUGAUCGGCGUGGUGUCGUGCGGCAUGGUGGUGGUGGCGGCGGGCGUGGCGCUGGCGCGCGCGCGCUCCCGCCGCUCGGCGCGCACGCCCGCGCUGCACGCGCUGGGCGCGCUGCGGGCGCUGCGCGUGCAGCGACACGACCACGAGAUGGCCUGGGACGACUCCGCGCUCACCAUCACCGUCAACCCCAUGGAGGAGCAGGCGGCCCCCUCCUGCGGCACGCACGCGGGCGCGGACAGCUCGGACGGAGAGUCCUGCACGGACUCCGACUCCGAGCAGCAUGACUCCUCGGACGACGACGACGAAGUAAUGCCUGGCAAGGAGCACAAGUACAGAAACAUCAGCCAGCUGGAGUGGGAUAACAGCACGAUGUAAUGCGCGCGCGCAGGCCCCGCCCCCCGUCCCGCCUCGCCCCACCCCCGGCCGCAGGCCCCGCCCACUCUGCGAUACUGCGAUACACGUCACUCUAUUGUCUAGACCCUUCUAGCACGGACGAAGAUGUACAAGGCUGACUUAAUAUCUUGGAUCAAAAAUAUUUGAUCUAAUACUACAGAAGACUAGAUUAAUAUACAUAUGUACUGAUAACACGUAAAGUAUCAAGAAGCUUUGUACUACCUUCUCUCUGUGACUGCAUCUUUUAGGUACUUAAUUUAUUCGCUUUCCAUUGCGUUUUUCAUUCGUCAUGUACAUAAUGAUGGCGUGGAAUCAACGCAAUCGAUCGCGAAGUCUGUCCUACUUGCUAAUGCAACGUCUUGUUUCAAAACAGUGUAGAUGAGAAUUAAUGGGGUAUAGUUACAUGAGUAUUGAAGAGCGGGGCGACAGAUACGAUCAAACCACAGAUCAAACUAAACCUUAGAUUAAAUCGAUGUUAAUUAUAUACGAACACUAUUCGCUUCAAAACACAAAUUCACACCUAACUCUUUUCUACUUAUGAUUUUGUAUCCUAAGAUUAAAGUUUUACGGUCUAAAUUACAACGGCAGCUUCUAAUAUCAAUUCAAUUCUCAUCUAUAUACGAAGCACGUGUAUCGGAAUAUCGCAAAACGAAAUAAAGCGAGAUAAUUCAGUACAUUUCGGUAACGGAAUUGAUUUUAUAAUCGGCAUCAGUCGGUAAUCGUACCUAUGUAGUGUAAAUGAAAGCUUUCGGCACAAACUCACGCGUGGCACAAGACUUGGUGCGCUGUGUCGCGGUCAGCGAGCGCCCUCUGCCGCCCACACGAGCACUCACUGCCGCCAUUUUGCAAUUAGACUGUCUUGACAGCUAGAUUAUAUGAGAUUAUACAAAAGAGUAUGGAUAUUGUAGAGUGGUAAGAUGCAAGUGCAGUCGUCUUGGGGCGCGGAGGCAGCGCACGUUAACCCCGACAUGAGUACACAUUUUAUUUGUAGUUUAUUCUAAGGUCUUUAAAAAAUGAUCAUAUCAAAUUUAUACGUAAAACGAAAUAUUAUUUUACUCCUCGCUUGCUUUCGUAGAUGGAAAUACGUCGUUGUUCUAAAGUAUAGACCUCUUAACACUUUUUCUAUUCAUUUCUACACUUAAGACAAAUGAAAAAAAAAAUGUAUGUAUUAAAUCGUAGUCGUUGUAAUUUCGUAUGAAAUCGGUCAUAAGAGAUAAUUAGUAUGUAAGCGAUCAGAUACUAUGAUUGUAUAUUAUUGGAUACAUAAGAGAUGUACGCUUCACUGGUCUCCGCGUUUCCGUUCGUCUGUCCGGGGACCGCGCUGGUCCCCGCCGGCCCGCAUUUACUUAGUACAACACUAAAAUACGCAUUUAUUUACGGUACAAAUCGCUUCGUGGCUCCCAACGUGUGUAGUUAUUACGAGUUUGUCUCUCGACAAAAAAUGUCCAACACUUUACCCUUUACGAGCUUCUCGACAAAAUCGGCUUAAAUGUAUAUUAGGCACAGAGUUAUUUGAAAAAGUAAACAUAGAUGUACGAUAUUAUACACAUAUACAGAUGGUAUUGGUUUAGGAUCAGCUACUAUGUAAUGAACUAUAUUAAUUAUAUAUAUAUUUUGAAUGCGUUAAGGGAUUUUUACUAACAAUUAGGUACUAAGUGGCUAUGUGUUAGUGGUGAGGCGACCCUCUGGGAAAUGGCAAACGAAGACGCGUCGUCGCAUAGGCGUAAGGUAGGUAGGUUUCCGUUCUGUCCGCUGUCCGCUGUCCUCUGUCCGGCCGCGGACGUUGCAUAUCAUGGACCGUUUGCCAUAUUAGCAUAGAUGUCUGAGGACGCGAGUGUUCGAUCGUUAAGCAAUGUUGUGGACAUAAUCAUCGGUGUAUCUAGUAGUGACGUCACGUGCUGUGCUCUCACUCUCCUGUGUUCUCUGUUGUGUUCCGCUGGCGCCCUCUGUCGCGGCUCCCGAGGACACGCGCGACGUCACAGAGCCGCGAGAGAGGUGACGUCACGCGACACGGAGCAACUCGUCCGUGCCCUUGUUAACGUUUCUAAAUUAUUUCGUUGUGUAGUGAACAAUGUUAGUGCCAUUAACUGUUUGUAUUGAUUAGUUUCGCGGACGUUGCUCGGUGUUCCGUUAUGUUUGUUCAAGUCCACCCGACAACCGUCCAGUGACCAUUUCCCGUAUUUCAUACUUUCUAAGAUCUGAAAUGUUUUUUUGAACUUUCCACGCUCAAAGUCCCGCACAAAAGCAGGUUCGCUAUAACCAGGUAUCUUAAAGUAUUACGUGAGGUAGCUACUUAUUCUUUUUAUUACUUUUUAUUGUAAUACGUUUCUUUUUAUUUUUUUUCUUUUGUAUUAUCUCGGUAUUAUUACUGUAUAAUUAGGGAACUUCUUUGAUGUAUGAAUUAUUAUAUUUUAGCUAAAAAUAAAGUUGGUUUAAAAUA